AUGAUGACCAGCAGCGACAAAAUUGACGUCUUUACCGGCCCCAUUCUCGAUAAUUCCAUCGUCAGUUUACAAGAACAUACAUAUAAACCAUAUGGUUCGCCAGUUUUCCAAAACUCUGAUGAAAUUCGCAUUCCUGUCCAUUUCCAAGAUAUAAUACUGGACAUAUCCGAAAGCUAUAUCUAUAUCGAGGGGAAGUUUAAGCCCAAAGAUCCUGCUAAAAAGUGCUACCUAUCCAAUAAUGCCCUAGCCUUUCUGUUCGACGAAAUUCGAUAUGGAAUGGGUGGUGAGCAUGUAACAGUUGUUCGAAAACCUGGAAUUACAUCGGCCCUUAAAACAAUGGUGUCGUUUGGUGCUUCACAGUUGAAACCCCUACUAGCUUGUGGUUGGGGGCUGGCUGAAGAUAAACAGCAUCUCAUCGAUUCCACAAGUCACGUGUUUUCUGGUAAAUUGCCUCUAAAGUAUUUAAUGGGUUUUGCCGAGGACUAUACGAAGGGAAUCUUCAACGUCAAGCAGGAGCUUAUAUUGAUAAUUGCUCGUACCUUCGCCAACUGUUAUAUCGGUGAAGUGGAAGCAGACAUCACACUCGACAAAAUUGAAUGGAAAAUCCGUCAUAUCAUUCCCAACGAUGAUCAUAAGUUGAAAAUAAUGUCACGCAUUAAUAAGGGGGGCCAAAGUACCAAUAUUCAAAUAGCUUACCGCAAAUGGGACCUUUACGAACUUCCUACGUUGCAAUUGCAGGAUUUGGUGGACUUGCAGGCUGAAGAAGAUGCACGUAGUCUAGUGGAGCCGGACUCGAGCAGCGACUGGCCGGAACCCGUUCCGGAACCGGAAGAUUGCUCGGGUCCCGCAGACUCAACUACUGGGUGA